AUGUAUUCGACUAUUAUUCGUCUUUUCAUCGUCUUAGGUAUUGCUCUGGCAAUAUGCGAGGCUGAUGAUGUCAUGUGUCUUCAAAGAGUUCCUAUUUAUUCGUGUGCAUCCAUGGGCUGCUCUGUAGUUGGCAAAGUUGUUACCAACGACCACUAUCCAUGUGAUUGCUUUAAAAUCGAGAACGUUUUGGGUAUUGCUCUGGCAAUAUGCGAGGCUGGUGAUGUCAUGUGUCUUCAAAGAGUUCCUAUUCAUACGUGUGCAUCAAUGAGCUGCUCUUACGUUGGCUAUGCUGUCACUAGCGAGCACUAUCCAUGUGAUUGCUUUAAAAUCGAGAACGUUUUGGGUAAAAAGAAAACAUGGUAUAAGAUCGAAUUAGCAAAUGGACACGGCUAUGUAACCGAUGACCAUUGUUCGAACAAUGGCGAUGUUUUACGUUGUUAA